AUGCGUCGAAUGACACCGAAGCUUCAAGUAGGACCCUUGCCAGCCGAACUCCCGCGCAAGACCCGCUUUGCAAUUGUCAUUUGUGACCUCCUUGCCUGUGCUGGCGAUGUCAGUCUGCUGGGCCUCCAGCCGCCUCCGUGUUGGAUGAGCCGUGAAGUCCUCACGAGACUACUCUCGGUUGCUUCGACACCUGGGCUUUGGGCACGCGGCGUGCUUGGCUCGGGUCAGGCGUUUCUUGAAGCACUGUGCACGAGGCCGCAAGCUUGCCUUGACCCUCUCCUGAAGUCGCCACUCCUCGCAUUUUCCCGCAAUGUCUUGGCUCGCCCGGAAAUGUUUCCAGGCACUGCUGAAAGGUGCAGUCCUUGGCUGUGA